GUGAGCUCCGGUCGUGGGAGGAAGGUGACAUUUUUACGGGUCCUCUAAAAUCCUCUGGAAAGCAGAGGGGAAAGAGACGGAGGGAAAAGGCAGAAUGUCUUCCCUCGGAAGGAUUUUCGGUGUCGUCCGAGCGGGAACCCAGCUGGUCGGCAGAGCUCCUCAGCGCGUCUUCGUGCGAAGGGCCGGUGGGGGCCCACACAUAGAGCCCCAGUACAGACAGGGGCCACAGCUCACCAAACACCAGCAGUUCCAGGCAGAACUCAUCAGCGGCGCAAUGUGGUUCUGGAUCCUGUGGCACUGCUGGCACGACCCGGAUGCAGUCCUGGGUCACUUCCCGUGGCCUGACGCCUCUCAGUGGACAGAUGAGGAACUUGGGAUCCCUGCUGAUGACGAAGAAUGAACCUUUGCCUGAUACAGUGAGGAUUCCCGUUUGUGUGCCAGAAGGAUGUCUACCUACGGAUCAGUUGAUGGAUUUCAGUGUUGUACAUAGACCAAUAAAGAUACCUGUUUGACUUUGAA